ACUGAACUUGAAGCAGCUUAUUUACUGGCAUCUUCCAAGCUGGAAGGAAGGUUUCCCAUAAGAGCAGACACUUUGGAGCUGAUUUUAUUUUUCCUGACCACACAGGUUAGUAAUUCAGUUUGUGGCUGAAUAAUGGCAGAAACUCCCCUGAGUGAAUGGAAAACUCCUCUAUUCGGCGUUUGUCAAGAUGUCAAUACUUGUUGCUAUGGCUUCUGGUGCUGCAGCUGCCUUGCCUGCACUGUUUCAAGAAGAUUUAAACAGAGCUUUUGUCUGCCAAUAUGUGACAUACUGAGUCCUGCUAUAUUUACACCCAUGGGGAUUCCCAUUUUUGUUCCCCCAGCAGCAUUGACUCUGAGGGCAUCCAUUCGGAACAGAUAUGGAAUAAAGGGUACAGCCAUCAAUGACAUUGUAACAUCUUGUUUUUGUGUCUGGUGCUCCUGGUGUCAGAUGGAUCGUGAGCUAAAGGAAAGAAAUAGAGCUCCUGCUGUCAUUAACACAAGGCCCAAAAGUGUUGUCAAUGUUCAGGUUAAUCCAGUCAUGAAGGUUGAUGAAAACCCUGAAUCACAACAUGAUAGUUUUGGGGCUCCGUAUGUUAACCCAGAACCUGCUCCACCUCCUAACAGUUUUUGAGGCUCAGUAUCUUAAUCCAAAUACACCUCAAUAUUCUCGUUAUUCUAUGAGCAAUUAAAAACUGGCCAGACAGAUCUGCAGAACUUGGGUUUCAUCGAUGAUGUUUUUUCUUUUUCUGGAAAAGCCAAUUUAUAUGGAAGAGGAUUAGGGCCACUGAAAAAAAAAAAAGUUAGCGGAUUUUUAAAUUUUAUUUCAGUUUAG